CAUGCACUCCGCCUCUCCCUUCGGCUUCGCACCUUCACGCCUGCGAUGUAUAGACCCCCGCUCACGCACCACGCGACGUCGUCGUCUUCUGGCCGACAGCCGUCCUUCGAGGGCCCGCCCCUCGUCCCCCUCCUCGCUGAAAUACCCGUCUUCGUCGUCCCAGCCAAACUCGACAUGAUCGAGGUCGUGAGCCAGAUCGAGGCGCUCGGCGGCGUGCGUGCUCUGCGUCCAGAGGAAGCUGUGAUGGUGAUCACGGCUCUCCGAGGUCGACCGCGACUCGCGAGGGUGCUGGGUGAUGCAGUGGACACUGUCGCCGUCCUCCGCGCCGAGUUCGUAGCCGACGCAUACGAGCUGGCGAAGAGGGCAGUAGGGGAUGAAAUACCUCCCUCUCUCCCGAAAUGGGAUGAGUACCGCGUCCCACUGAGGCGGCGGACUGCGUCCGUCGAGCCCGUGACGCCGACAACACCCCCGGCGUCCAUACAUCCUGUCCACGCUGGGACCAAGCGCUCUCCUCCAAAAUCACCGGACUCUCCGCCCUCGAAGCGCAUCAAAACGGUCUCUCCUCGCACGCCGCGGAUCUCGCACGGAACCGAGCCUGCGACCGACGACGCUCCCGCCUCUCCGAAUCUGGAUCUGGACACCGACGUGACGCUCUACCCCGAGGACAUCAGGCUGCGGGAUAUCCCGCGCCUCGCCAUCGAGAGGCCCAGCCCGCUGAAGUGUCCCAAUCAGGACAUCCUCGAAGCGAUCAAAUCGAUAUACCUCGAGCGCGAGUAUGGUGAACUCGCCCAGCUCAACACCAAUGUGUUGAGUUAUCGGCGGAGCAUGGCCAUCCUCAAGAGCGUGCCGAGGCGGAUACGGAGUGGGGAGGAGGCGCGGAAGCUUGUCGACGUAGGAGCGAAGGUUGCUAAUCGCAUCGACGAGUACCUCAAAACUGGCCAGAUUGCCGAGGCAGAAGAGAUAAAGGCCUCUUCGCGCUUUCAGGCGCUUCGCCUCUUCUCUUCCGUUUGGAGCGUGGGCCACAGCACCGCGGCGGCACUGUGGCGCGAGGGAUGCCGAGACCUGGAGGAUGUGCGGCUAUACUUCUUGCGUACUGAUCCCGCUCCGCAGCUGGAGGAGGACGACAGCGGGUGGGGACACGGGUACGAGUGGGACCGAGCGACUGCACGGGAAGAGAGGGCAAAGAACAGGCGGCGCGAGAACGGCAAGAUGACGCGCGAGGAGGUCGUGGGUGCGUGGCUGGGACUCAAGGAUGAGCUGGACAGGCCGAUUCCCCGAGACGAGGUGCAAGAGAUCGGAGAUAUUGUGGCGGAGCAUCUUGAUGCGCUCGCGCCAGGGUGCAGCCAGACGAUCACGGGCGGAUAUAGGAGGGGUAAGGAGACGACAUCUGAUGUCGAUGUCGUAUUCCGCCCACCGUUCGGCCAACAUGAGAAUGAGACGGGCGCACUCAUCGACGCACUAAGGCGGCGGCUCCUGCGCUUCGGAAUCAUCACACAUGUACUCCAGCUCUCCGAGCGCGAGACCGGUACCCCACUUCAUCACGGCGGCGGGAACUUCGACAACCUCGACAAGGCGUUCGUCAUCCUCCGCCUCCCCGGCAAAGGACGGCUGCAUCGCCGUGUCGACCUCAUUUGUUCCCCGCCGUCGCGGUAUGCCGCCGCCGUGCUCUCGUGGUCAGGCAGCAUGAUGUUUGAGCGAGACCUGCGGCGAUGGUGCGAGGACCGCGGGUACAAGUUCCGAGCGGGGCUGGUUGAGAUUGCGACGAACCGCGAGAUCAACUUGGACAGUGAGCGCGAGAUCUUCCGCUUUCUCGGGCUGAGAUAUGUGCCGCCCGAGUUGCGGAAUGCCGAUGUGUGACACUGCGCGCGUAGAUACAUCGAAGGCGGGACGGUUGCAGGCUCCCGGGCAGGCCUGGAUAGUGAAUAUCCGAUGGGCAGUCGGUUGCAUCAUAUCCUUGUUGAGGCAUCAUGCACAUUUAGCAGGCUU